UUUUAAUAGAAAAACUGCUGAUUAAUUUAUUUUCCCCGAAUGGAAGGUUUUUAACAGACGAGAGCGAGGCAAAAAGUUGUCAGCAAAAGAAGAGAUUAGGGAUUGUUUCAGGUAGAGUCACCCUUCCUUGGCAGGAGCAGGGGGUCUUAUGAAAAUCACCUCACUAGCGAUCAGGAAAUUCCAGACUAAAUGGCUUAAAAUUCCACUCGGGGGUAAGGCUGAAACUACAUUUAGGUAAAACGUUAAGCCCUAGUUUGGUGACUUGGUCCAGGAGAAGUGACUUCAUGCUGGGCCUCUGUUUUAACACUAGUUAGAUAAGCAAAGGAUUGAAACAGAGAAGCAAUGACUUGUACAAGGCAACACCACAACAGGAACCAUUACUGAAAACAACCAGGAAGGCAAAGCCAUGUGUCCCAGGGCAAACCAUCAGCCAACCGCAAUGGGGUCAUCCAAACGGAGGCGCGCCUGAUGCCGCCCUUUCUGCCAGGCAGGGCCAGGGUUGGAACCCAGUUCGCGCGGGGCCUCCUUUCCUCCGGUUCCACAGCCUCCAGCACCUUCUGAAGCCGUUUUCUGACGUUACUGGGCUUCCGCUCUUGAAGUAGGGGGCAAGCGAGGCGGGAAGAAUUUGGACAGCGCAGCGACCGGGCCAGGGUGAGUGCGGGAGUGCAGCCUCGUCCUUCGUCACUGACCACUCAGCUCGGGGGGCUCACGAGGCCCUCUUCGGGCUCCGUGGUGCCCGCGCCCCCUGAGCGCUGCAGGCUGCGAUGCAGGGAGUGGGGGGAAGAAUCUCGACCCGCCUCCCCCGCGCCGCAGUCCGGCGCCAGAGAGAGUGGACAUUCGGCCCUCGCGGCCGGGCCUCGCAGCGAGGCAAGAGGGCGCGGGCGCCACCGAACAGCCGGGCCCGCGCCCCCAGCACCUGCUCCGCUCGCGGUCUGCACCCUGCGUCCUGCAGGGAGGCGGGCCCGCCCCCCUGUGCGCGCAGGCGCGCGGGGCUCGGACCGCAGCCCGGCGCCGGGCGGUCGCAAGCGGGCCUUGCAGCUUGUAGGCCUACCAGGAUGGACGGGCAUGCUGAAAUGGAGAUGCUGAGGACACUGAAGGGCCCCCCCACAGGAGAGGUCAGCGUGCACCUGGUGGCCAGAGACAGCCCAGGUUCCAGCGCUCACCUGCCGGCUACGGCCUACAUCAUCCCAGCCAGCUCGGCCACCCUCGGCCUACCCAGCAGUGCCCUGGAUGUGUCCUGUUUUCCGCGGGAGCCAAUCCACGGGGGCGCCCCGGAGAGAGUGGCCGGCAGCGUACCAGUCACCGCCACUGUCCUGCCGCAGUUAAGCACCGGGCCGGCGGCCAGCUCUAGCGCCAGCACAGUGCGGCUCCUGGAGUGGACUGAGGCUGCGGCCCCACCUCCUGGGAGCGGCCUGCGGUUCCGGAUAAGCGAGUACGCGCCACUGACUAUGGUGGGAGCGGAGCAGCCUCCGAGUCCCGAGCUGCGCCCGGAAGGCGUGGCCGAAUAUGGAGACGGCGAGGCCCCGGCGGGAGGUGGAGAUGUGGGCCCCCAACAGCCCGCGGACCUCCCCCAGGACCCUCUAGAAGAUCCCCCUCAGAACCCCGCAGAGAACGAUGGUACCUGUCAGUGCCAGGAGUGUGGUCCUCAGCAAGGUGCUGGUCCAGAACCUGGCUUCUCCAAUGAUGGCUGCCCCCAGCUGUUCCAGGAGCGGUCAGUCAUAGUGGAGAACUCCUCAGGCCAGAGCUCCUCUUGCAUCAGCUCUUCGGAGCUUCUCAAACCCAUGAAGAAGAGGAAGCGCCGGGAGUACCAGAGCCCAUCAGAGGAGGAGUCAGAGCCAGAGGCCAUGGAGAAGCAAGAAGAAGGAAGGGAUCCAGAGGGACAACCUGCUGGUAGCACCCCAGAAAGUGAGGAGUGGAGCAGCAGCCUGCCUGCAUCAGGAGAGAAAAAGAAAGGCUGGACAUGGGAGUCCUACCUUGAGGAGCAGAAGGCCAUCACUGCCCCUGUCAGCCUCUUUCAGGACUACCAAGCGGCCACUCAUAACAAGAAUGGCUUCAGACUGGGCAUGAAGUUGGAAGGCAUCGACCCUCAGCAUCCAUCCAUGUACUUCAUCCUCACUGUGGCAGAGGUGUGUGGCUACCGCCUACGUCUGCACUUUGAUGGGUAUUCCGAGUGCCAUGACUUCUGGAUCAAUGCCAACUCCCCUGACAUUCACCCUGCUGGCUGGUUCGAGAAGACGGGGCACAAGCUACAGCCCCCUAAAGGUUACAAGGAGGAGGAGUUCAGCUGGAGCCAGUACCUGCGCAGCACGAGAGCUCAGGCUGCCCCCAAGCACCUCUUUGUGAGCCAGAGCCACGUGAGUGCCCCUGAGCAAGAACGGACACCUGCCCCGGCGACAGAGUCACUGCAGCCGGCCAGGAGUCCCCCACCCCUGGGCUUCCAGGUGGGCAUGAAGCUGGAGGCUGUUGAUCGCAUGAACCCAUCCCUCAUCUGUGUGGCCAGUGUGACCGACGUGGUGGACAGCCGCUUCCUUGUGCACUUUGACAACUGGGAUGAUACUUACGACUACUGGUGUGACCCCAGCAGCCCCUACAUUCACCCAGUGGGCUGGUGCCAAAAGCAAGGAAAGCCCCUCACCCCUCCACAAGACUAUCCAGAUCCUGACAGCUUCUGUUGGGAGAACUAUCUGGAAGAAACUGGGACCUCUGCUGUGCCUGCCUGGGCCUUCAAGGUGCGACCCCCACACAGCUUCCUGGUCAAUAUGAAGCUGGAGGCUGUGGACCGACGGAACCCAGCUCUGAUUCGUGUUGCCAGUGUGGAGGAUGUGGAGGACCAUCGGAUAAAGCUCCACUUUGACGGCUGGAGUCAUGCCUAUGACUUCUGGAUCGACGCCGACCACCCAGACAUCCACCCUGCGGGCUGGUGUUCCAAGACAGGGCAUCCCCUGCAGCCUCCUCUCCGACCCAGAGAGCCCAGUUCUGCCUCCCCUGGGGGCUAUCCCCCUCUUAGCUAUAGGAGCCUGCCGCACUCUAGGACCUCUAAGUACAGCUUUCACCACCGGAAGUGCCCCACUCCUGGUUGCGAUGGCUCUGGUCACGUCACAGGCAAGUUCACAGCUCACCAUUGCCUCUCGGGCUGCCCACUGGCUGAGAGGAACCAGAGCCGACUAAAGGCGGAGCUGUCCGAUACGGAGGCCUCGGCCCGUAAGAGGAACCUCCCAGGCUUCUCCCUAAGGAAGAAGCCUCGCCAUCAUGGCCGGUGCGGAGGGCAAGGGUGCAGGGCCUCGUGUCCUCUUGGGCCAGGCCAGGCUCCGAUUCCUUGCCACGGACCUGGUCCCUCUCUCUCCAGGAUUGGACGCCCUCCAAAGUAUCGGAAGAGCCCACAAGAAGAUUUCCCAACACUGACCGCCGAUGCCAUGCCCCAGUCCCUCUUCCUGUCAGCCCUGUCGGCGCACCCCGACCGUUCCCUCUCCGUGUGCUGGGAACAGCACUGCAAGCUCCUGCCGGGAGUGGCGGGCAUCUCGGCCUCGGCAGUUGCCAAGUGGACCAUCGAUGAGGUUUUCGGCUUCGUUCAGACCCUGACAGGAUGUGAGGACCAAGCCCGACUCUUCAAAGAUGAGAUGAUUGACGGCGAGGCCUUCCUUUUGCUGACACAGGCAGACAUUGUGAAGAUCAUGAGCGUCAAGCUGGGCCCAGCCUUGAAGAUCUAUAAUGCCAUUCUCAUGUUCAAAAACGCCGAUGACACCUUAAAGUGCUUGGUCUUGUCCACCCCUCUGUGAAACUGAGAGAGUCUCGCUGGCUUUGUGGUGUGGAAAGGCAGCGAGUACACACAGCUGUGCUGCGCUCACCGCUGCUGAGGAGCGGGGCUGGGACAGCUUUGCCAUGUGGUUCUGCCAGCCACACUCCUGAUGCUUGUCUAUGGGAAAGGCAGGAUGGACCGAGGGCCCUGGAGGAAAGCGCCUCCCAGACUCCAAACUUUGAGGCCUUAGCACUUUCUGCACCAACAUCAAACACUUUGGAAAGAAACCAAAUCAUAAAAGGGGAAGGAGAUCUGUUUUUUUGUUCACCCCACUGCCUCUUCCCCCCCAUCCUGUUCCCAAAUGAGAUCCUCACACCGUGGCCUGGGAGCGCAGUGCUGGGAGGGUGUUGGCACCGGUGCCUGUGGCAUGUGCCCUCUGCCCUGCUCUCUAGCAGCAGACACCGCUUACCCUUUGGCCCCCACAGCCUCACCCAGCCCUUGCCCAGCCCUGGCCUAGGGCACUGAGGACCUUUCUGUUUAAUUUCUGAAGCAGAGAGAAUGAUCCCAGAGUAUGAAAAUGAAGCCUGUUUGCACUUUCAUUCACAUGCACUUUGGUGGAGUUCCUUUUUUUGUACUUGCCUUGUGUGUGUGUGUGUAUGCGUGUGUGUGCACAUGCACACGUGUGUGUUUUUAAGAGAAUCCUCUGGUUUAAGAUAAAGUGAUUCUUGACUCUUGAGGGAGAAAAAGAUAAAAUGUGGUGUGUUUUGUCAGUGUAUUGAAACAACCCAAAUAAACUUGAAC